AUGUCACUUAGCCCCGACCCGCCUCUCUCCUCAGCUGCAGAAUCUCAGCACCUACCUCCUGAGCUGUGGAGACGACGGGAGAAGAGAAGAGAAGAGGCGGAGAAAAGACAGAAGGCCGGUCUGGUUCCCGAGGUUCCGGGGACACUGUGGCCGCAGGCUGUCUGCGGGGGAGAUCACCGUGAUCGAAGGAACAAAUGGAAGACACCGAGGAAGACACGGAAGUUCCGCCCAGGCGACUCGUGUUUCCGGGAACAUACACGCAACCUUUUGCCUGGUCCCGCAAAACAUACUAAAGAAAAACCAUACGAAUGUGGAAAAGUCUCGAGGAAUAGUAAAUCUCAUAAAAAUUGUCAGAGAAUUCAUAUUGGACAGAAAACCUAUGAAUGUUAUGAAUGUGGGAAAUCUUUUAGCUGUAGGAACUACAUUACUAUACACCAGAGAAUUCAUACUAGAGAAAAACCCUUUAAAUGCAAGGAAUGUGGUGAAUCCUUUACCUGGUAUAGACAGCUAACUGAACAUAAGAGAACUCACACUGGAGCAAAGAAGCCCUUUGAAUGUAAUCAAUGUGGUAAAGCCUUCAGUCUAAAUUCUGACCUUACUCGACAUGAGAAAAUUCAUACUGGAGAGAAACUCUUUGAAUGCUAUGCAUAUGGGGAAUCUUUUACCUGGCCUUCACAACUUACCGAACAUAAGAGAAUUCACAUCGGAGCAAAGAAGCCCUUUGAAUGUAAUCAAACUCAUACUGUAGAAAAACCCUUUGACUGCUUGGCAUGUGGGAAAUCUUUCAGUCGUAGUGAGAACCUUACUCGACAUGAGAGAAUUCAUACUGGAGAGAAACCCUUUGAGUGUAAACAAUGUGGGAAAAACUUUAAUUAUUUAACACCUCUUAGAAGUCAUCAGAGAAUUCAUACAGGAGAGAAACCCUUUGAAUGUAAUCAAUGUGGGAAAUCCUUUAGGUGGAAGAGCUAUCUUACUGUCCAUAAGAGAAUUCAUACUGGAGAGCAACCCUUUGAAUGUAAUCAAUGUGGAAAAACCUUUAGGCAAAGUUCUCAUCUAACUGUACAUCAGGUAAUUCAUAGUGGAGAGAAACCCUUUGAAUGUCACCAGUGUGGGAAAUUCUUUAACCUUAGUGAACAGUUUAUUGAACACAAGAAAAUUCAUGCUGGAGAGAAACCCUUUGAAUGUAAUCAGUGUGGGAGAGCCUUCAGCCAAAUUUCUCAACUUACUCGACAUGAGAAAAUUCAUUCUGGAAAGAAACCCUUUGAAUGCCAUGAAUGUGGGAAAUGCUUCAUCCGUAGUGAGCAGCUUAGUUCUCAUAAGAGAAUUCAUAGUGGAGAGAAACCCUUUGAAUGUCAUGAAUGUGGGAAAUACUUCAGCCAGAGAGGGCAGCUUAAUACACAUAAAAGAAUUCAUACUGGUAAGAAACCCUUUGAAUGUAGUCAGUGUGGAAAAGCAUUUAGCAGAAGUUCUUACCUUACUGUGCAUCAGAGAGUUCAUACUGGAUCAAAACCCUUUAAAUGCCAUGAAUGUCAGAAAUGCUUCUUCAGUAGUGAGCAACUUACUGAACAUAAGAGAAUUCAUAUUGAAAAGAAAUAUUUUGAAUGUAAUCAGUGUGGAAAAACUUUCAACCGAAGUUCUCACCUUACUGUACAUCAAAGAAUUCAUACUGGAGAGAAACCCUUUAAAUGUCACCAAUGUGAGAAAUCUUUCAGUGAUAGUGGGCGGCUAAGUACACAUAAAAAAAUUCAUACUGGAGAGAAACCUUUUGAAUGUAAUCAGUGUGGGAAAGCAUUUAGUCGAAGUUCUAACCUUAGUGUACAUCAGAGAAUUCAUACUGGAGAGAAACCAUUUGAAUGUCAGAAAUGUCACAAAUUCUUUACGCAGAGUAGGUCCCUUACUGAGCACCAGAGAAUUCAUACUGGAGAGAAACCCUUUGAAUGUAAUGAAUGUGGGAAAACAUUCUGCCGUAGUGGGCAGCUUACUCUACAUAAGAGAGUUCAUACUGGAGAAAAACCCUUUGUAUGUCUUGAAUGUGGAAAAUCCUUCAGCCAUAGUUGGAUGCUUAGUGCACAUAAGAAAAUGCAUGCUGGAGAAAAACCCUUUAAAUGUCUUGAAUGUGGGAAAUCCUUUAGCUGGAGUGGAUCCCUUACUGAACAUAAGAGAGUGCAUACAGGAGAGAAACCUUUUCAAUGUCAUGACUGUGGGAAAGCCUUUAGCCGUAGUGGUCAGCUUACCACACAUAAAAGAAUUCAUACUGGAGAGAAACCCUUUGAAUGUCCUGACUGUGGCAAAGCCUUUAGCUGCAGUUUUUACCUCACUGUACAUCAGAAAAUUCAUAGUGGAGAGAAGCUCUUUGUAUGUAAUGAUUGUGGGAAAUCAUUUAGCUGGAACAAAUCCCUAACUCUACAUAAGAGAAUCCACACUGGAGAGAAACCUUUUGAAUGUAAUGAUUGUGGGGAAUCCUUUACCUGGAAGGGACAGCUUACUGAACACAAGAGAAUUCAUACUGGAGAAACAUUGACCUUCAAGGAUGUGGCAGUGGACUUCACUAGGGAAGAGUGGGGGCACCUGGGUCCUGCUCAGAAGGACUUAUACAAGGAAGUGAUGCUGGACAAUUAUAAGAACCUGGUCUCCCUGGGGCUACAGGAGUCUGAACCAGAUGUGAUCUUCCAGUUGGAAAGAGGGGAGUCACCAUGGAUGUUGGAGAGAAGAGACUCCAGUGACACCUCUCCAGUUCAUAGUGGAGAGAAACCCUUUGAAUGUCACCAGUGUGGGGAAUUCUUUAGUCUUAGUGAGCAGCUUAUUGAACAUGAGAGAAGUCAUGCUGGAGAGAAGUCCUUUGAAUGUAAUCAGUGUGGGAAAGCCUUCACUCAAAUCUCCCAACUUACUGAACAUGAGAAAAUUCAUUCUGAAAAGAAACCCUUUAAAUGUCGUGAAUGUGGGAAAUCCUUCAGCCAGACAGGGCAGCUUAAAAAACAUAAAAGAAUUCAUACUGCUAAGAAACCCUUUGAAUGUGGUCAGUGUGGAAAAGCAUUUAGACGAAGUUCUUAUCUUACUGUACAUCAGAGAACUCAUACUGGAGCAAAACCCUAUGAAUGCCAUGAAUGUCAGAAACGUUUCAUCAGUAGUGAGAAACUUACUAAACAUAAGAAAAUUCAUACUGAAAAGAAAUAUUUUGAAUGUAAUGAAUGUGGAAAAACUUUCAACCGAAGUUCUCACCUUACUGUACAUCAAAGAAUUCAUACUGGAGAGAAACCCUUUAAAUGUCACUAUUUUCAUACUGGAGAGAAGCCUUUCCAAUGUAAUGAAUGUGGGGAAUCCUUUACCUGGAAGGGUCAGCUUACUGAACAUAUGAGAUUUCAUACUGGAGAGAAACCAUUUGAAUGUCGUCAAUGUGGAAAAUCCUUCAGGCGGAGUUCUCAACUUACUCGGCAUGAGAAAAUCCAUAUUGAAUAG